AUGACUACACCAGAGGAGCUCUUAAACAUUACGGAACAUUUAACCGACAUCGAGUUGGAAGGCUUUAAGUGCCGCUUGCAGCAGGGCGAGAUUCCCGACCACAAGAACCAGGAGUUUGUUCCUCUGAGAGAAGAAUAUGAAGGACAGAAGGCAGAGCUGGAGAAGACAGAGGCUGAAAUUCAGCAGAUGAUCCAGAAGAGACAACAUAAGAUUCAGCAGAUCAAAGAGUCAGUGAAGAUGAGUAAAGGUGCUGCAGACAGACAGAAAGCAGAAGGUGUUCAGGUCUUCAUUGCUCUGAAGGAGUCUGCUGAGAGACGCCUGAAGGAGCUCAUAAAGGAUAUUGAAGACAAACAGGAAGCAACAGAGAAACAGGCUGAAGGUCUGAUCAAAGAUCUGGAACAGGAAAUCUUUGAGCUGAAGAAGAGAAGCUCUGAGGUGGAGCAGCUCUCACUCUCUGCUCCACCCACCAAGGACUGGACAGAGGUCAGCGUCCAUCCACCAUCAUAUGAGGGGACUGUGGUGAGAGCUGUGGCUCAGCUGGAGGAGACACUCAGGAAACUCAGGAAGAAGUUUUUGAAGAAUUUCGAGCAGUAUGCAGUGGAUGUGACUCUGGAUCCUGAUACAGCACAUCCUAAUCUCACCCUGUCUGAUGAUGGAAAGCAAGUGUACUGUAGUGAUGUGAAGAAGAAACUUCCAGACAACCCAGCGAGAUUUUCUCAGUGUGCUGGUCUUUUAGGAAAGCAGAGUUUCUUUUCAGGCACAUUUUACUUUGAGGUUCAGGUUAAAGGAAAGACUGAGUGGACUUUAGGAGUGGCCAGAGAGUCGAUCAACAGGAAGGGAGAAAUCACACUGUGUCCUCAGAAUGGUUUCUGGACUGUGUGGCUGAGAAAUAGAAAUGAGUACAGUGCUUGUGCUGGUCCUCCAGUCCCCCUCUGUCUUCAGUCUGGCCCUGAGAUGGUGGGGGUGUUUGUGGAUUACGAGGAGGGUCUGGUCUCCUUUUAUGAUGUAGGUGCUGCAGUUCUUAUCCACUCCUUUACUGGCUGCUCCUUCAAUCACAAACUCCACCCAUUCUUCUGUCCCUGUCUGAAUCAUGGUGGUAAAAACUCUGCACCUCUGAUCAUCUGUCCUGUCAAUCAAACUGAAUCAACAACUGAUUUUAUUUGA